AUGGAAAAGAAAGAUAAUAAAAUGGGCGUUUUUGGUGCGGUUAGCUAUGUUAUUGGGAAUAUUGUUGGAUCCGGAAUAUUUAUUGCACCAAAAGCGAUUCUUGAAGAAACGAAUACGGUAGGUUUGGCUUUGGUCGUUUGGGUGGUAUCUGCAAUAAUUUCUGUUAUUGGCUCAUUUUGCUAUGUCGAAUUAGGAACGAGUAUUAAAACCUCUGGAGCUGACUUUGCAUAUCUUUGCUAUGUGAAAUGGUAUCCAAUCGCAUUUGCGUUCAUGACUAUCGGCUGUUUGCUAACUUAUCCGGCUACUUUAGCGAUACAAUCAUUGACAUUCAGUGAAUAUAUUAUUAAAGGUAUCGGUGUUAGAAUUGCCGAUCCAAUAUUUGAAGAUUUCGCUAAAAAAUUGAUUGGAUUUUCUCUUUUAUGGCUAUUGAUGUUUUUGAAUUUCUUCUCACUAAAGACAUUUGUCUCAAGAUUUCAAAUAUUGGCAACGAUAGCGAAGAUAGCUGCAACGGCGAUAGUGAUCUUAACAGGAUUUUAUUUCCUUAUUUUUAAAGGUGAAACAGAAAAUAUCGCUGAACCUUUUGCACAUACACAGUUUGAUAUUGGAGCAUUUGUUACAGCAUUAUUUGCUGGACUUUAUUCAUACGACGGUUGGGAUAUACUUAAUUUUGGUGCUGAAGAAAUCAAAAAACCGAAAAAAACAAUGCCGUUAGCCAUAAUAAUUGGAAUGUCUAUAGUAGCGAUAAUUUUUCUAUCUAUAAAUUUGGCAUAUUUCGUGGUACUCGAUGUUGAUCAAAUCAAAGAAUCUUCUGCCGUUGCAUCCGCAUUUGCUAAAGCAAAACUAGGAAAUUUCUAUUACGCUGUACCUUUCCUAAUUUGUAUUUUACUUAUUGGAUCAUUGAAUAGUACGAUUUUUGCUGCUAGUCGUUAUCUAUAUGCAGCGUCACGACAAGGUCAUUUACCUUCAUUUAUCAGUUGUUCAAACACAAAAACAGAUAGUCCUCGAGUUGCAAUAUUCCUUUGUAUUUUUCUAUCGAUGGCGGUGUCAUUUGUUGGUGAUUUGGAUACAUUGAUAAGUUAUGUUGGUUUUGCUCAAUGGUCACAACGAGCAUGUACAAUGAUAGCAUUAUUGUGGAUACGAUUCCGUCAUAAACCCGUUGAUACGAAUGCUAUACGUGUUCCAAUUAUUAUGCCUACUAUAUUUUUGCUCAUUUGCAUGUCUUUGGUGAUUGUGACAAUAGUAAGCCGAUUUCACAUAUCGAGAAUUGGUCUCAUCGUUAUUACAGCAGGCUUUAUUACAUAUUUUAUUUUCAUCUACGAACGAUCACUUCCAUCGCUCAAAUCGUUUCGACAAUUUUCAUUUGCAUUCGAUAAUGCGACCACGAUUUUUUGCCAAAUUAUUUUCAACGGAAUGCCACAAAAAACCGAAGAAAAUCGUUUAAAUGAUGAAAAAUUGAAUAAAGAACAAUUAUUUUCCAUUUUUAACGAAAAGCCAAAUCAUAUCGAACAUACAAGGAUGCGAAAAUCAUUUGUCUAUUGUAAAGAAGAUCCACCAAUAUAUAUAUCAACUAACGAAUCUAAAUGA